AGAACAGACGGAGAGUCAGAGGGACCCUAAAAGUUAGGGGCGGGGAUAGCGGACCUGAAGCUGUUCACCUGCGUAGGCUAGGAAACCCGGGUGCCGCAGAACUCUGGCCUCUUGGGAGGCUUGAGCUGGGGAGAUAGCGUGGGCGUGACCCUUAUCUGCACACCGCCAGGAUGGACUGGUCCUAGGGCCUCUCUAUCGCUUUCUCUCUCUGGUUCCCCCUAUCUCGCGGGUAAGUCCUGGCCUCUGAACGAAGACCCCGCUCUCCUACCAGCACAUACAUGCGCGCCCUGUCUUAGUUGCUCAUACAUUACUCAACCUUUCCCCAGGCCUUACGAUGGAGCGGACUGUGGUCGUGCUUGGCGGUGGUAUUAGCGGACUGGCUGCAAGUUAUCAUCUGAUCCGAGGCCCCUCUGCCCCUAAGGUGAUCUUAGUGGAGGGCAGCAAGCGUUUGGGAGGCUGGAUCCGCUCACUCCGGGGAUCUGAUGGUGCGAUCUUUGAACUUGGACCUCGAGGAAUUAGGCCGGCUGGAACGCUGGGAGCCCGGACUCUCCUCCUGGUUUCUGAGCUUGGCUUGGAGUCAGAAAUCUUGCCCGUCAGGGGAGAUCAUCCGGCUGCCCGGAACAGGUUCCUGUAUGUAGGCGGCGCCCUACACCCCCUGCCCUCCGGCCUCAGGGGGCUACUCCGCCCUUCACCCCCCUUCUCCAAACCUCUGAUUUGGGCUGGGCUGAGGGAGCUGAUGAAGCCCAGGGGCAAGGAGCCGGAUGAGACUGUGCACAGUUUUGCCCAGCGCCGCCUUGGACCUGAGGUGACACUGCUCAGAGCCAUGGACAGUCUGUGCCGAGGCGUGUUUGCUGGCAACAGCCGUGAGCUCAGCGUCCGGUCCUGUUUUCCCAGUCUCUUCCAAGCUGAGCAAACCCAUCGAUCCAUAUUACUGGGACUACUGCUGGGAGCAGGGCAGGGUCCACAGCCGGACUCCUCACUAAUUCGUCAGGCUCGGGCUGAGCGAUGGAGCCAGUGGUCACUCCGUGGAGGGCUGGAGACCUUGCCCCAGGCCCUUCACAAUCAUCUGACAAGUAAAGGAGUCACUGUCCUCAGUGGUCAGCCAGUCUGUGGGCUCAGCCUCCAGCCAGAAGGGCGGUGGAAGGUGUCUCUGGGAGACAGCAGUCUGGAGGCUGACCACAUCAUUAGUGCUGUUCCAGCUUCAGUGCUCAGCAGGCUGCUCCCUGCCGAGGCUGCACCGCUAGCUCGCGUCCUGAGUACCAUCACCGCUGUGUCUGUCGCUGUGGUGAAUCUGCAGUACAAAGGAGCUUGUCUGCCUGUCCAGGGAUUUGGACAUUUGGUGCCAUCGUCAGAAGACCCAACUGUCCUGGGAAUUGUGUAUGACUCCAUUGCUUUUCCUGAGCAGGAUGGGAACCCCCCAGGCCUUCGAGUAACUGUGAUGUUGGGAGGUUACUGGUUACGGAAGCUCCAAGCUAAUGGCCAUGAAUUGUCUCCAGAGCUGCUCCAACAGCAAGCACAGGAAGCAGCUGCCAUACACUUAGGACUGAAAGAACGACCGAGCCAAUGCCUGGUCCACCUGCACGAGAACUGUAUCCCUCAGUAUACACUAGGCCACUGGCAAAAACUAGAGUCAGCUAUGCGAUUCCUGACUGCUCAAAGGUUGCCCCUGACUUUGGCUGGAGCCUCCUAUGAGGGGGUCGCUGUCAAUGACUGUAUAGAGAGUGGGCGUCAGGCAGCAGUUGCUGUGCUGGGCACAGAAUCUAACAGCUGAUCCCUCCUCUCCCACUCAUGAAAAUAAAGGUUGCCAGAGCUUA